AUGAAGACUACCGUUUUCUCAGUUUGUGUUCUUGCUUUUCUUUCUGCGUGCCCUGGAGGUGCGGUUCCAAUCGAUAGCGAUACUGGUGUCAGUGUAACUCGCGCUUACAACGGUUCAGCUCCUGGAUAUGUACUUGAUAACGAAGACAAUGCUGGCGAUGCUGGUGCCAUGGCCAUUUCAACCGAUGGCGACGAAACGUCACCUUGGGUUAAACGAGCUCCAGCAGACUCCCAGUGGAAAUUCGUUGAAGAGAAGCCUCAGGGCGACAAGACCCUCCCUUCAGGAUCAAGCGGCAAUGCUGGCCAAGAGUUGGAAUUCAUUGAAGAGAGACCUCAGGACCCACAGCGCCCCAAACAGUGGAAAUUCAUUGAAGCGAGACCCCAAGGUGACAAGGACCUCUCUCCAGCACCAAUCCCUCAGGGCGACAAGAGCCCCACUCCAGGACCAAGCGGCAAUGAUGAACACCAGUUUCAAUUUGUUGAAGAGAAGCCUCCGGGGGAUGAGAAGUUCAUUCCAGCACCAAGCGGCAAUGAUCGCCAACGGUUGCAAUUCGUUGAAGAGAGACCUCAAGACAAAAAGGACCCCCCUCCAGGAUCAAGCGGCAAAGGUAAAGAAAAGUGGAAUGUCAUUGUAGCGGGAUCUCAGGCCGACAUGGACCUCCCUCCUGGACCAAGCGGCAAUACCGGCCACCAAGAGCAAUUCGUUGAGGAGAGACCUGAGGAGGAUAGACCCCCCACUCCAGGACCAGGCGGCCAUGAUGGUCGAUUUCUGAGAUCUGGAAGAGAGCCUGUGUGGCGGUAUGGUACCUGUCACCGUUCAACAAACAAGCGUUUCCCACACGGUCAAUGCGUUAUCCAAAUGGAUUUCCCCCGACCUAUGCAUAAGAGCGACAGCUUGGAAUGGAAGGUUUCCUGUAGCGCGGAUCACCCGUGUGGAAGUGAAGGGAUAGGAGCCUGUACCGUAGAUGUCAGCGACAAGUAUCAUGUCCCUCAUGCAGAAUGUACCUGA